AUGGCGAUCUUCGGUAUGGCAUCGGCGGUGGCGGGCUUCGUCAAAGUCCGCUACCUGAUCGACAAGGCAGUGAUAGACAAUAUGGUCUUCCGUAUGCACUACAGAAUCACCGCAGCCAUCAUGUUCCUGUGCUGUAUACUGGUGACGGCCAAUAAUCUUAUCGGUGACCCUAUAUCCUGCAUCAACGACGGUGUGAUACCAAACCACGUAAUUAAUACAUAUUGCUGGAUAACAUACACCUUCACACUACCGCACACCGCCGCCGGCAAGGGAAUCUCCCAUCCAGGGCUUGGCAACGAUUACGGAGAGGAGAAACGGCAUCAUUCCUACUACCAAUGGGUGCCUUUCGUGCUCUUUUUCCAGGGCGUAUUAUUCUAUCUUCCACACUGGAUUUGGAAGAACUGGGAAGAGGGAAAAGUCCGUAUGAUCUCCGACGGAAUGCGAGGGACAUUGGCAACCAUUGACGACAGCAGAACUAACCGCCAGAGUCGCUUAGUUCAGUAUCUUGUAGAUACUUUACAUAUGCACAACACGUACUCUUUCGGAUAUUUCUUCUGUGAAAUACUAAAUUUCAUCAACGCUGUUGGAAACAUUUUCUUCUUAGAUACAUUCCUCGGUGGAGCAUUUUUAACAUAUGGUACCGAUGUUGUCAAAUUUUCAAACAUGAAUCAAGAGGACCGAACCGACCCUAUGAUCGCAGUAUUUCCUAGAAUAACCAAAUGUACAUUCCACAAGUUCGGAGCGUCUGGCACAAUUCAGACGCACGACUCUCUUUGCGUGCUCGCCUUGAACAUUCUCAAUGAGAAAAUAUUCAUUUUCCUUUGGUUCUGGCUAAUUAUUCUGUCUAUCGUCUCCGGCCUGGCAUUGGUUUACUCAGCCGCUGUGAUUCUCUUGCCAAGCACACGUGAAACGAUUCUCAAGAGACGCUUCCGAUUUGGGACACCUAACGGUGUUGAAUCACUGGUUCGGAAGACUCAGGUUGGCGACUUCCUCCUUCUACACCUACUGGGUCAGAACAUGUCACUUCGCGUAUUCGGGGAAGUGCUAGAUGAGCUAGCGAGAAGACUGCAUUUCGGUUCAAACCCACCAUCUGCACCAUCUACUAUCGAGAUGGCACCCAUUUAUCCCGACAUUGACAAGUUCUCUAAGGAGACCGAGACGUAA